AAAAUACAAAGUAUCUUUAUCUUCAUCUUAUCUAAAAAUUAUCUAAGAUGACGUUUUUGUUGCAAAAACGUAUUUGAACAUAUAAACGGUGUUAACGUGUUGAUAUUUUUAAAAAAUCGUGGUAAAUGGCAAAUAAUAAUAUAAGAUAGCUCCAGGCACACCCAAUACUCUUUUCGUUUUCGUGUGCUACAAUACUAAGAGAUAGCAUUGCGAUUGCCUCUCGAGGCGCUCGAGUCACUUUAACCGCGAUAGCGAUUAAGCCUUCAGCCCACGUGAUCUACUGUACUACGCCUUAUUGGCGUAACCUCAAUUUCAGUGCUAUGAUUGGUCGAGUAAUACGGCACCUAGCGGUGCAGACACCGAGUAACAAGAAGACAGGAAGCCCGGCCAUUAUUAGUACACACGUACAGCCUUACAAUAACGAAAAGGAAAAAAGCAUAAAAGCUAAAGACAUGCAGAAAACAAAAACCCCUGUAACCUCAAAUGUUAUAAAAGAGGUGGAAAUCAAUGAUUAUGAUGUUAUUGACAACACGAGUGAAAAUCCUACGCUUUCGACUUCAUUCACGUUACCAUUUAUAUUACAAGGCGAAUUUUUCAAAAUUACAUCGAAAAGUACGGGACAGAAAAUAAUAGCGCAAUGUACAAAUUGUCCCAAAAUUAUAAGUGGUACGAGAACUUCUACAGAAAACUUUGUUAGUCAUUAUAAUAAAUUUCCGAUUGCCGACAUUCCAGAUUGCCCAGGUCCUGAUUGCCUACUGCUUCGGUUGCACACACGAAAAUAAUCAAGGUACAAAAUACACAUUGCACACGUUAUAUUAUUACGCUUAUACACAUUGCACACGUGACGCUAUUGCACACGUGAUAAAAUUACGCGCGAACACAUUGCACACGUGACGCUAUUGCACAACCCAUGUGGAACAGUACGAAGCGUGGACGCGCGCGCGCGCACACACACACACACACACACACACACACAGAGUGUCACGAACAUUUAUACAUGCAGAUAUAUGUGUAUAUGUUCAUAUGCGAGCAAGUUGACAAGUGCAAACUCACGUAGUAAACUUUAAAGUGGCAAUUUUCAAAAAUUUUUAUCUCCGAAAUUAGGCAUAGAAAGGUCGCACAAAUUGUAAUUUUUCAUUAGGACCAUUAGUACUACAAUAUAUAAAAAAUUCGAGAAAAUUGGCCAAAUUUUUUUUUCAUAUAAAUUGUGCGGGGUCCUUUCCGCUCUGCACAAUUUUGUAACGUUCGCCACACACUGGGUAUAUUACACCCAGAAUCAAACUUUCGUUCACGCUGCUGCAGGCACUAAGCGAGUAAUGACCGGAUCAAACACGCAUAAGAUAAAAGGGACACCUAACUUUUUUCUCCCCCAUGUUCCAUCUCCCCACUACUGCUCGUUAUAAAACGGCGCACGUUUGAAAAUCGGCCUGGGUAUGGCUAACCCAGUGUGCGGUCAGAGGGUUAAAUAUGACAAAGUGUGUGAGAGUAAUAUUGAACAACAUGAAAAUAUAGAGCAAGGGAUUACGUUUAGCAGGUAAUUAGAAAAAGACAUAGUGAGUGAGAAAGAGAGUUUUAGAUAGAAGAAAUAAGAAAUAAGAAUAAAUAAAAAAUUCGAAAAUAAAAUUAUAUAAACUGAAUAUAAAUACAGAAGAAGAAUAAGUGCAAUGUUCAAUAUAAAAAGAAUAAAACACUUAUUUUAUAGUGUUAGGUACCUUUUUUUAAAUAAUAUUAGAACACUACAUUGCGCGCGCUUUGUGCAUGUGUGUGUGUGUGUGUAUGUGUGUGUGCGUGCGUGUGUGUAUGUGUGUGUUUAGUAUUAGCAGCACCAAGUUUUUGUAGUAUAAUAUUUAUUUAUAAUAUUAGUAAUUAAACCCAAUAUCAAUCUCUGGUCUGAUGCGGGCUUAACAAAAAUCUAUAAUAUACAUGAAUUAUGGAAUUAAAUUUCCGAACAUGACUAAUCAUUACUUUGUAGUUUUGGGAAUGAAGGGCUCAAGCGUCUAAUUUAACUCCUUCUUCUGGUUACAUCACUGUUUCAAUUUAUCUUACAUGAAACUAUAUUUUUUGUCCUAAUUCGAAAAACAAUCUUCACUAAUUAAUUAUUGUAAUUGAUUGCUAAACAAAUUCACUGAUGUUUAAUUUCAUGUAAUUUUCACAAAAUUCAUAAAUUUAUUAUUCACAAAAUCAAGUAAAUAAGUGAUAAAUAAAUAACUGGUAACAUCAUUUUCUUAUUUAUGUCAAAAAAGUAUAUAUGCUUGGCUCUUCAUGAUUAUUAUCAUGAUUAUACAAAAUAUUUAACUCUAUAGUACAUAUAAAUACAAAUGUAUAUAAUUAUAGUAGAGUUAAAAAUUAUAUUUUUUAAUAAUUAAUUUUAUUACUCACAAAAUUUUUCAUCAAGAGUAUCUUUUAAGAUUAUAUUACAAAAAAAGUUUAUUUAAACAAAAUUGAUGCCUGGAUUUUAAAAAAUUAAAUAACUCUAAAAUUAUGAGUGUAGAAAAAUUUCACGCGAUAUAAUUGCAAAUAAAGUAUAAGAAUCUAUUAAAAGAGGUAUAUUCAUGAAACUAUAUAAAAAAGAAUGGAAUUUAUUUAAAGAACAUUUUUAAAUUAAAAGAAUAAAGUUUUACCAUAUUACUUUGUAAGAAUAUAAAAUGUUCAUGAAUUACUACAAUUCUAUUUAAAUGUGUAAUAGUAAAUAAAAGAAUGUCGUUUAUUACUAUUAUUUAAACCCUUACUAUAAUUCUUAUUCAAUUUUUCUACAUUAUUAUUUAUAAAUGGCAGAAGAAAUUUUUUAUAUAACAAGUUAUUGUUUUUAUUGCUUAAAUUUUUUGUUCAAUAUUUUUUAUUUUAAAGAUGGUAAAGCCAAAAACUUUCAUGUUAAAAAAUAUAUAAACAAAUGGAAAAUCGCGUAACUCUUCUACUUUUUAAACUGGAGAACUUUCUUAAA